AUGUCUUCUCCCGACAAGUCAUCCCCACGCGACGGCGCCAACGGCCAAGAGGAGAAGCCCCGGCUGACAGAAGAACAGAAGCGUCAGAAUCACAUCUCCUCGGAACAAAAACGGAGGCAGGCCAUCCGCGAUGGCUUUGACAAAAUGGCAUCCAUCGUCCCGGGUCUAGAAGGCCAGGGCCGCUCCGAGGGCCACGUCCUGAAUGUCUCAGUGCAGUUCAUACUGGAGCAGAUCCAGGAGCGCCGACGCCUCGUCGAGCAGGUCGAGGCGAGAGGGGGUGUAGUCUCUGACGAACUGAAAGCCCCGCUCAACGUGGACUUGAGCAAGGUGAACCUCGAACAUCUACAACGUAAUGGCAGCGCAGGCGGCCCAGGAUUAUGA